CUUUUUCUUCUUCCCCCGACAGAGACUCGUUAUAUAGUCUGCAUUUCUACACCACAAACUUAUUGCUCGGUGCGCAAGAACAAAUAAACCAUGGCGGAGGAAGUCCAAUUCCACCCUCUACAGCCGAUUGGCGCAAACAUCUACUUCUUCCAGCCUCCCGAGACGACAAGCAGUGGCCCCGCCCUGAUCACCCUCUGUACCUGGCUAGGAGGCGCCACACCCUCGCGGAUCCAGAAAUACAUCUCAGGCUAUCAAAUUUUGUACCCGACCUCGGCGAUUCUUCUCAUCAUGACGCGCAUCCUAGAGAUCGGUCUGCUCCCUUUCAGCGUCCUGCACGCGCGGUUGGCCCCCGCCCGGGACGUGUUGCGGCGAUUUAUCAACAACGGGGACCGCGAUGACUACCAGUCAAUCCUCCUGCAUAUCUUCUCUCAUGGCGGGUGCAAUACCGCAAUCCAAUUAGCCCUCUCUCUCCAGGUGGAGGAUGCAAGAGGUCACCCACCACUCGAAUUGGGGAGACACCUGGGCGGGAUCAUAUUCGACUGCUGUCCGGGCGAUACUUCCUUCGGGCGCGCGUACCAGGCCGCCGCGCACUCUUUGCCGCCGCGCGCAGUGCUGGCGCAAGCGGUCGGGAGAGUACUGCUUUACCCCGUGAUUGGCGUCAUCACCGGGCUUCAGCAGGCGGGAUGGAUGAGCUCGGUCCGGGGCCUGCGGGCGCAGUUGAAUGACCCAGCGACUUUUGGCAAGACGGCUCCCAGAUUGUAUCUGUAUUCUACAGCAGAUUCGAUGGUUCGAUGGGAGGAUGUGGAGUCGCACCAGAGAGAGGCGGCUGCCGACUUGAUAAAGUGUUUUACAGUGAAAGGCAUCGCAUUUUCUGACAGCCCGCACUGCGCCUUAGUGAAAGAUCAUUCUGAUCGUUAUUGGACUGAGAUUAAAAGCUUUUGGGAGGAAAGAGGGAUGACAGGAGGUCUUGUGGUGCCCGCGGACUUGCCUUUAACUCAUGACGAGCCUCGGAGUCGACUUUGA